AUGGGUCCAACAGAGCUUAGAGAGGCUAGAAUAGAAAUUACCAAAGAUUUUAUAAAGAGAGCUGCUCUAAGGAUUCAGCGUGAAAAUCGGCGAAGGAAUGAUCCAGAUGAAGAUAAAAAUGCUGAGACUAAAUUGGCUUUAAAGCAUUGUAAAGACAUGGUUCUUGGUUCUAGUAAAUUUGGGGAUGAUCGUCCUCUUACUGGUUGCUCCUUAUCACGAGAUGGAAAAAUACUCGUCACAUGUUCUCUUAGUGGGGUUCCUAAAUUGUGGGAGGUGCCUCAAGUUACAAACAAGAUUGUUGUCUUGAAAGGUCAUAAAGAACAUGUAACUGAUGUAGUGUUCUCGUCUGUGGAUGAUGAAUGUCUAGCAACUGCUUCUACUGAUCGAACUGAAAAGAUAUGGAAAACGGAUGGAACACUUCUACAAACUUUUAAAGCUUCUUCGGGUUUUGAUUCGCUUGCAAGAGUUUGGGAUCUUCGUACGGCUAGGAAUAUUCUUAUCUUCCAAGGACAUAUCAAACAGGUUCUCUCGGUGGAUUUCUCUCCUAAUGGUUAUCAUUUGGCAUCUGGUGGUGAAGAUAAUCAAUGCCGUAUUUGGGAUCUACGGAUGAGAAAGUUGUUGUAUAUUAUACCAGCUCAUGUGAACCUCGUUUCUCAAGUAAAGUACGAACCACAAGAACGCUAUUUCCUGGCUACUGCCUCACACGACAUGAACGUUAAUAUAUGGUCAGGUAGAGAUUUCUCGCUUGUUAAAAGCUUAGUAGGACAUGAGUCAAAAGUCGCAUCUCUUGAUAUCGCUGUAGAUAGCUCGUCUCGCAAGUGUUUCGCAUGA